UUUGGGAGAAGCAGAUCCUCCUCGAUGACUCUGAGCUUCUGACUGACAACAGCGUCUCCACCCAAAGCCGCAGAGACCAUCCUGCAUCCUCGGUCCCUCCUCUUUUUAAAAAAAAGUGUCCUUACCUUUCGGAUGUCAGCCUGAGGAUGGAGAAGUACGAGAAGAUUGCAAAGAUCGGAGAGGGCUCCUACGGCGUCGUCUUCAAGUGCAGGAACAAAGACACGGGGCAGAUCGUCGCCAUCAAGAAGUUCGUGGAGUCGGAGGACGAUCCCAUGAUCAAGAAGAUCGCACUGAGGGAGAUCAGGAUGCUGAAGCAACUGAAACACGCCAACCUGGUGAAUCUGAUGGAGGUGUUUCGGCGUAAGCGGAAGCUUCACCUGGUGUUCGAGUACUGCGACCACACGGUGCUCAACGAGCUGGACCGGCACCCCAGAGGAGUCCCGGAGCACCUUGUGAAAAGCAUCACAUGGCAGACGCUUCAAGCCGUGAACUUCUGUCACAAGCAGAAUUGCAUUCACCGAGACGUCAAGCCGGAGAAUAUCCUCAUCACCAAACACCAGGUCAUCAAACUCUGUGACUUUGGCUUUGCGAGGAUUCUCACCGGCCCAUGUGACUACUACACCGACUACGUGGCCACUCGGUGGUACCGGGCCCCUGAGCUGCUGGUGGGGGACACUCAGUACGGCCCCCCGGUGGACGUCUGGGCCAUCGGGUGUGUGCUCGCCGAGCUACUGUCGGGGAUGCCGCUGUGGCCCGGCAAGUCUGACAUGGAUCAGCUGUACCUGAUCCGGAGGACUCUGGGAGAUCUGAUCCCUCGACACCAGCAGGUCUUCAGCAACAACCACUUCUUCUGUGGAGUUUCCAUCCCGGAGCCACAAGAGAUGGAGACUUUGGAGCAGAAAUCUCCAAAUCUCUCAGCUCAAGCUCUGAGUCUCAUGAAGGGCUGUCUGAGGAUGGACCCGUCCGAGCGGCUGACCUGCGAGCAGCUCCUCCAGCAGCCGUACUUCGACAGCCUGCGAGAAAAGAGCUGCGGCACCUCUGGAGAGCAAGAGCGCUGCAGCAACAGGAGGACGCGUUUGCCUCGCAAGCACCUCCCCCCCGGGUAUUUGCCACAGCUGACCAGCAGCAACAUCUUCCCAGUGUUGGACAAUAAGAAGUACCACAACAACCUGCGCAAAUUCAACUAUCACCUCCCGAACAUCUGAACUGGAUCUGGACCGAAGCCCGACCGCCUCUCCUGAGAACUUUAGAUUCUGCUGGCGCCUCGUUUGUUUUUAGUUUUUAAGGAAGAAGUUUCACCCACGAUGUUUCUGUUCCCCACGUGUCUCUGGGUUCUGACGUCUAUGCACCAUUUCCCAACGCAUGUGGUUUCAAGCUGAUUUUAUAAAGACAAGGAGCGAUGCUCUGCUCGUAGACUGAAGGUGAAACUACGACGUACUGCCUUGCCUGGUUUGCCAAAUGUAUGAUUUUUAAAAUAUAUAUAUAUAUAUAACGAUGGACUAUUUAAAAAGAGUGACAUAUUUUAUGGUCAUGAGUUCUAUGUCUCCAGUAACACACACUGACUCCUGAGCUAUUCUGGAACUAUUUAUUGACGCCGGGAGUGAAUAUUCCUUUAAUCCACAUUAAUAGCGUAACACAGUAACAACACACAUUGAACUCAUCAUCAUCAUCAUCAUCAUCUCUGGAUCGUUGGUGCUCAGGAUGUUCAGCCAUCUGUCUCUCAUAUUGUACAAAUGCCAAAUUUAAUCGAAAGAGAAAUGAUGGCAAAAGACUCAAAAGUUCUUUUUGCAUUUCCCAACAUACGGAGUAACUUUUAUUACCUUGAAUGUAGGAAAUAUAACAAAUGACAGAAUAGUUCAACCUAUCGGGAAAAGCUGCCGUCAACAAAAUAAAGUGCUCUAACGUUAA